GUAUGCAUAACUCGUGGUGUUGGAUUGGUUCCACUUACGCUGAGGUCUCAGCAAUUCGCAGACUUUCUCAGCUUCACUUCUCUUCCUCGCCUUUACCAUGGCGGUGAUCAUCGCACGGUACGUCGCCUCGCUGCCAGUCUCCUCCCACUUGUCUAUGAGCAUCCCUCUCUUGUCUUGCUGGUACUGUCCAUCGUGUCGUAUGUCCUUCAUAUCCUGUCUGGUUACCCCCUUCAGGUAGGGACCGACGCUAUCCCACGAGAUGAAUCUGCUGAUGGCCGUCAGAUGCUCGUCUUUACCGAGUUCCUCGUCGGCGCCGGUCACAGCCAUGCAUGUAUAUAGAGCUACCAAAGCAUUAGCUAACUGGUGAUGUGUGCCGGCUUUCCUACUCUCAAAAAGGCGGAGAGAGCGGCCGGGAGUCAAAAGUAAAAGUCAAAAAUGCAUUUGCCCUGAGUUUGCAGGAUAAAGGAGAGGGGAGGAAAGAAAAAGUGAACAAUGGAGUUAAUGAUGCCAGUGUGAUCUAAAACUUAAUUAUGUAGUGAUUUACCACAAAUAAAAUAAAGAAUCUG